AUGGCUAAGCUUUUUGGGCAAUCAGUUUCUAUUUUAAUAGAUACAAGAGCUACUGAAUACUUUAUUGAUCCUAAAGUAGUUUCUAGAAUAUCUGUUAGACCUAGUUAUAUUUCAAAUGCAUGGAUGGUCCAAUAUGGAAAUCGAGCAGAACAGAGGGUAGAUACUUGUCUAUUUUGUAGUGAACUAGAACUUUCCAGUUUCCAAACCCAGGUUAACCUUUAUGUGGCACCAUUAGGAUCAUAUGAUGUGAUCUUAGGUAUCAACUGGAUAACUGAGCAUAAAGCCAUAGUAAACUACGAGGAUAAGGUCAUCAAUUGUAUUGAUGAUUGUGGGAAUUCAGUUGAAAUUCUUGGGUCUCAAAAGCCUCUUGAAUUGAGACACAUUUCAGCAAUGAAACUCAAGAAGGCCCAAAGAAAAGGAUGUUCCAUAAUUGUUGUCAUGGUAAAUGAUUUGGAUAAUGUUGAGAAAAUUCCUAAGGAUUAUCCUAUCCUUGCAGAGUUCCUGGAUGUUUUUCUAGAAGACCUUACCAAGUUACCACCUAAGAGAGAGUUUAAUUUUUUCUAUAGAACUUAUACCAGGAAUGGAGCCGCAAUCUAA